CUGAUUUGCAUAUCUGCAGAAAAAGACUAGAUAUUGAAUCAGAUAAAGAAAUGCACAAUAGGCUACAUAAAAAUACCUAUAGAGGCGCUCAGAAAAAUAACAAUCUGUUAAACACUCAUAAACUACAUAUCAAUCUCAGGUAAUAAGUCACAAAUAGCGGUGGUUACCCUCAAAUCGGAUGGGAGCAGGGGCAUAUGCCCCCAAACAGCUGUGACAACUGUCAGCUGCCUCAAAUCGCUGCAACUGCCUUUAAAAAUCUACGAGCUGCCGCUGCCACGAUUUGAGCUUCCUGUCUCUCCGGGAAUAUGGACUAGCGACAGUAGACUUUGUCAAACAAAAUUAUAUUAACCAAUGAUGCAGGAAAGGUCACAUAAACGGUUACCAGAAACAGCCAGGAACUCGGAUACUUAUGUUUAUUUUAAUUCAAUAAUAUGUAAACAAUAUUAUAAUAUGAUAUAUAAAAUUCCUUCUUUAGGGUAAGGGUCCUAUACAUUAGCAAUUUAACUUGCAAUGGAGUAUUUUUACUUAACAGUCUUGGUACUUUUCCUUAUUAUUGAGUAUUUCUACUUCACUGUCUUAGUACUUUUACUAAUAAAAGAAUAUUACUUUACUGUCCCUGUACUUAUACUUCAGUGAAUGAUCCGAAUUCUUCUUCCACCACUUGACAAGUCUAUUUUCUUGCUUAUACUUUAGUACUUGUUUAACAAGUACUUGUAAAAGAGUAUUUCAACUGUGUAGUAUUGGUACGUUUGUUUCCUCUUCGUCCUCUAAUCCAGCAGGGGUCGCUUCUGGCUCGGAGUUCGGAGUUCGGAGUCUGUGUUUUCCUCCCGCUGGCUCCCUUUGUUCACUCCGAGACACAAAGUGCUUAUAAAAGAAGGAACAUGUCCGCCGUGCAGCUGCUGCGGGUGUCGGUACAUGAGCGGAUCAGCGCUGCCGCUGAAGACUUUCUGCUGCAGGUGGAGAAAGGAGGAGGAAAGGAUCAAGUCCCGUCGCUGAUAGCGAUGCUGACCGAGCGGCUAAUGGCGGCGGCUGAGGAGAUCCUCGCGGUGCUUGAGGAAACCGUGGCAGAGUACGAAGACAGAGUGGAGCAGUCCGAGCGUUCAGAGCUGGAGAUCUGCCGCCAGAGGAAGCUGCUCGAUGCCGCGAUGAAGCCCGUAGUCCGGCUGCACAGAGCAGACUUCCUGCAACUGGUGGUGAUUAAAGAAGAGGAUCCCCCUGAGCAGCAGCAGUGGGGCCCCCUUGUGGACCAGGAAGACCAAGAGCCCCCCCACAUUAAAGAGGAGGAACCGUGGACUAAUCAGGAUGGACAGCAGCUUCAAAGACUGGAGGAUUCUGAUAUCAAGUUCACAUUGUCUCCUGUCGCUGUGAAGAGUGAAGAAGAUGAAGAGAAACAUAAAUCGUCAAAUCUUCAUCCGAGUGAGAUGAAGGAGAACAGAGCGGACUGUGGAGGACCAGAACCAGCCAGGAACUCAGGUCCUGAUGGAUGCUUACAAACAGGUCCUGAAGACAAGACUGAAGACUCUUCUGAGACUGAAGUCAGUGAGGAUGAUUGGAUGGAGACCAGGGAACCUCAAUCUGGUUUAAAUACAAGAAAUAACAAACACCCUCUAAUUGAUAUGGGAUGUAAGACAGAAAAAAAAAAGUUUAGUUGCCCUGAGUGUGGUGAAAGAUUUACCCAAAGGGGCAGUCUAAAUAUACAUAUGAGGAGUCAUACAGGAAAGAAACCCUUUAGUUGCUCCGAGUGUGGUAAAACAUUUAGUCAAAAUUACCAACUGAAAUUCCAUAUGAGCAUCCAUACCAGAGAGAAUCUAGUUAGUUGCUCUGAGUGUGGUAAACGACUCAGCAGAAAGUCUGAUUUAACGAGACAUAUGAGGACUCAUACGGGAGAGAAACCGUUUAGUUGCUCUGAGUGUGGUAAAAGAUUUACCCAAAGAAGCAGUCUAACUACACAUAUGAGGAGUCACACGGGAGAAAAACCAUUUAGUUGCUCUGAGUGUUGUAAAAGAUUUACCCAAAGGCGCAGUCUAAAUAUACAUAUGAGGAGUCAUACAGGAGAGAAACCGUUUAGUUGCUCUGAGUGUGGUAAAAGAUUUACCAAAAGGGGCGGUCUAAAUACACAUACGAGGAGUCAUACAGGAGAGAAACGCUUUAGUUGCUCCGAGUGUGAUAAAACAUUUAGUCGAAAUUACCAACUGAAAUUCCAUAUGAACAUCCAUACCGGAGAGAAUCAAGUUAGUUGCUCUGAGUGUGGUAAAAGAUUUAGCAGAAGGUUUGAUUUAACGAGACAUAUGAGGAGUCAUACGGGAGAGAAACUUUUUAGUUGCUCUGAGUGUGGUAAAAGAUUUAGUCGAAAUUACCAACUGAAAUUACAUAUGAGCAUCCAUACCAGAGAGAAUCUAGUUAGUUGCUCUGAGUGUGGUAACCGAUUCAGCAGAAACUCAGAUUUAACGAAACAUAUGAGGAGUCACAGAGCUUACACAGUCACAGAGUUAGUUUGUUUAGGUUAGGCUAUAUCGCGGAAAUGUUACGGGCACUGAGCAACGACAUGGUGCAAGCAUUCGAUUUAGACAGCGUCUCUCCUCAGGACAUGAAAACAUUCUGUAACGUUUUAGCUAGACCUCAGAUAAUAUGAACGUGUUCACCAUUCAAAUUAGUUAUUUCUCAUUAAGUUGCAUUCAGUUCAUCGUUCUCAUAAAAAUGAAUGUGUUCAAUGAACGCGUUCUUAGGGUGCAUCAAAUUGCAAUGCAAAAAUUAAAUUUCAACAUUUCAAACCGUCUGGGGUUGCAUUUUGUUCGAACACACACAAAAAUGGCUUUUGCUAAGUUUUGAGGAAAUUCAUUGAGAUUUAGAGGUGGAACACAAUGUGAUAAAUAUGAAAAUGGGCCGUUUUGGGUGUUCUCCUAGUAAAGUGUAAUCAACAAAAUAAACUUAACCAGUGGUGUAAUAAGAAUUCAGAUCAUUCACUGAAGUUAAAGUACAUAGACAGUAAAGUCAUAUUCUAUUAUAAGUAAAAUUAUGAAGACUGUGAAGAAGAAAUACCCAAUAAUAAAUUCAUAGUUAACUGUUUCAAAUUGAGAAUUAAUAAACCCUCCUUUGUCUUUUUUCAUCAGUUUUAACAAUGUCAUUUCCCUAAAAAAUAUAACUCAUUGAAUAACACAAAAGAAUUGUGUUGAUAUUUCUUGUUUUGACUGAUUUGAUUUAUGCCUCAUAUAUAUACAUUUUUGUUUUCAUAAUGUCUUUGUGUCUUUUUAUGGUUGAAAUGUUUUUCCUUGCACAGUAUGUAUAUGUAUGUUCUUGACUAGUUCUAGUACUGACGAGAACCAAGAAAAGAGAGCACAUUUCUCCAGUAUUAGCAUCGCUACACUGGCUUCCGUUUAAAUCUAGAAUAGAAUUUAAAAUUCUCCUCCUCACCUUCAAGGCCCUUAAUAAUAUGGCGCCAUUUUACCUUAAAUAGCUGUUAGUACCCUAUCAACCCACUAGAGAACUCCGCUCCCAGUCUUUUUUGAUCAGUUUUAACAUUUUCAUGUCCCUAGAAAAUAUAACUCAUUGAAUAACAUAAAAGAAUUGUGCGGAUUUUUCUUGUUUCUCCUGAUUUGAUUUAUGUCUCAUAUACAUAUAUAUAUUUCAUAAAGUUUUCAUGUCUUUUUAUGGUUGAAAUGUUUUCCUUGCACAGUAUGUAUAUGCAUGUUCUUGACUAGUUCAUAUGAUUAAAUAUUGUUUGUUUUGAAUGAC